CCCGUGCAGGAGGAAGCGCUGGCAAUUAGCCCCGGCUCCAGCGGAGGAGGAGGAGGAGGAGGAGGCAGCUGCAGCCGGGGAGGGGGAGACGGGGCUGGCAAGCCGUGUGCCUUGCCUCGAGACCACCGGGGCUGCCGCCGACCCGCAGCCUUCCCUCCGCCGCCAGGGACCCUGCGGAGCAUCUCCCGCCUCGCUGGGGGGGAUGCCUCCUCCGGCUCGCCCGGCCCCAGCGGCGGCCGCCGGCCCCCAGCAGAGCCCCGCCGCGGCCCCUUGACACGUGGGCCUCCCGACUACAGAGCCGCCUUGUUCGCGUCCCUUCGCCGCCCCGCUGGGCUUUUCCAGGGGAGACCCAAGGACCUGCCCCGCCUGGCGGAUCCUCCGGCUCGCCGCCCAAUCUCGGCCCUCAGCCUCCCCGGGGAUCGGCGCUGGACGGAACGGGAGGCUUCCAGUGUCCGGCGGGCAGCGAGGACCGAGGGGGGGACCCAACAGGUGGCCCAGCGGUGGCCGGCUCUCCUCUCUGGCUCCAGCCGUGGGACCGGCCAGCAGCCCCUCUCCUUCCCCCUCUCAGCCGCCCAGGGGUCCUCACUCAGGCCGGCGGGGGGGCUGCUGGCUCUGGCACUGUGAUGGCGACCGAUUGGCCGUAGCCGCCCGCCGAGGGCCCGCAGCACGGAGGCUGCCCCCGGAGCCCGGCUCCUCUCUUCCCAGCGGCGAUGCCGGCCAGGCCCGGGCGGGGGGCCUUGUUCCUACCGGCGCCGACUUUCCCGGGGCCAGCCCUUGCCGUGCCGCCUCCCGCCUCAGCAUAGGCUCUCUCUGCCGCCGCCGCCGCCCGCCUUCGGGAUGGAUCUGCUUCCCCGCAGCAAAUACAACCACCUCCGGAACGACUCCCUGUCCUCCCUGGAGGAGGGCUCGGGGGCGGCCGAGGGGGACUCCCCGCCGGAGCCCCUGCCGGCGGCCGCCCCGUCCCUGCCCGGCUCGCUGUCGUCCUCCUCGCUCAGCCCCAUGCUGCCCCUGGGCGAGCUCUCCUCGGAGUCGGAGGACAGCCCCACCACCCUCUGCUCCUUCUUCCCCAAGAUGGCCAACCUGAAGCUCUCCAACCCGGCCACCCUGCUCAGCCUGCGGGCCUUCUCCCGGGAGGAGCCGCCCCCCCGCCGCCCGGCCGCCCCCUCUCCCCUCCCGGACUCAGCGGCGGCUCUCGCCCUCUCUCCCCAGGACAUGAACAAGCUGAGCUGCAGCAAGAAGAUGCGGGUGGAGGGCGGCCAGCUCGGCGGAGACGAGUGGACCCGGCACGGCAGCUUCGUCAACAAGCCCAGCCGGGGCUGGCUGCACCCCGACGACAAGGUGAUGGGCCCCGGCGUCUCCUACCUCGUCCGGUACAUGGGAUGCGUGGAGGUGCUUCAGUCGAUGCGGGCGCUCGACUUCAACACCAGGACGCAGGUCACCAGGGAGGCCAUCGGCCUGGUCUGUGAAGCCGUGCCCGGGGCCAAAGGAGCCAUUCGCAGGAGGAAGCCCUGCGGCCGCUCGCUCAACUCCAUCCUGGGCAAGAGCAACCUGAAGUUUGCCGGCAUGCCGAUCACGCUCACCAUCUCCACCAGCAGCCUCAACCUCAUGGCGUCCGACUGUAAACAGAUCAUUGCCAAUCACCACAUGCAGUCGAUCUCAUUCGCGUCCGGAGGCGAUCCGGACACAGCUGAGUACGUUGCCUACGUUGCCAAAGACCCCGUCAAUCACAGAGCCUGCCACAUCCUGGAGUGCCCCGAGGGGCUGGCCCAAGACGUGAUCAGCACCAUCGGGCAGGCGUUCGAAUUGCGCUUCAAGCAGUACCUCAAGAACCCCCCCAAACUCGUCACCCCUCAUGACAGGAUGGCCGGGUUCGACGGCUCCGCUUGGGACGAAGAGGAGGACCCGCCUCCCGACCACCAGUACUACAACGACUUCCCCGGGAAGGAGCCUCCCCUGGGGGGCGUGCUCGACAUGCGCCUCCGGGAUGGGGCCGCGGCGUCCCAGACGCCCAACCACCUGGGAGCCACCCUGCCUGUGGGCCAGAUGUCUGGUGGGGAUUACGAAUCCAGGAAGCCACACCCCAAUUCUCAAGGGAGAGACAGGUUCCCCACUCCUGCUGGCCCUCCCGGCCGUACCGACCUGUUUGACGACCCGUCCUACGUCAACGUGCAGAAUCUGGAGAAAACGCGGCAGGCCAGCUCAGGUGCCACAGCCAACGGAAGUGUCCAGAGAGAUCUCUUCGACAUGAAGCCAUUUGAGGAUGCCUUGCGGGUCCCGCCCCCAACGCCCCCCGCCCAGUUGGUGGCCUCCAUGGAGGAGCAGCUGCUCCAGGAGGCCUGGUACCAUGGCCGGAUGAGCCGGAAGGAGGCCGAGAAGAUGCUUCAGGCCAACGGGGACUUCCUGGUGCGGGAGAGCACCACCACGCUGGGCCAGUACGUGCUCACGGGGCUCCAGGGAGGCCAGCCCAAGCACCUGCUGCUCGUCGACCCCGAAGGAGUGGUCCGGACGAAGGACCACCGCUUCGAGAGCGUCAGCCACCUCAUCAGCUACCACAUGGACAAUCGGCUGCCCAUCAUCUCGGCGGGCAGCGAACUUUGCCUGCAGCAGCCUGUGGAGCGGAGAUCGUGAGGCCGGGGGGGCCUGGCCGCCCCGCCCUCCCCCACCCCGGGGCCUUCGCCUUCUCCCCACUUCAGCUUGCCCGCCUCCGUGGGCUCUGCUCCUGGCGCCACACCUUGCUGGGCAUCGCCGCUUCCUCCAGGGCCAGCGCCGGAGUGGCCCCAUCUCUGCCAAAGUGUCUCCCUCUGCCCUGCACUGGAUCGGACCCAGCCCUCUCGGGUAGCGGGAACUUCGUUUAGACGGGAGCCCCUCGCCUCUCGUUGCACGCACCUCUCUCCCUGGCCGCCAAGGAAACCCUGGAGAAGCUCCCCUCUUCUUCACCAAGCCUCUGCAAGGUGCCAGUCCUCAGUGAGAGCCCUUGACUCUCUUCUGACACACGUCUCUCGGGACUCCGUGCUGUAGCACAUCCAGUGUCGGGACAAUGAGACUCCCAGCCUUCAAGCCCCCAUUGGCAAGGUAACCUCCGUGGGGCAGGGGGUCUGUCCCCCAAUUCUUUUUCAGUGGCAGGCUCAAGGCUCCUCCUGGUCCUCUGUCGCGGUGUCCUCCUGCGUCUCCCCACCAUGCCAAAGUCUCUAAUCAUAUUUUCUGCAGGGGCAGAGCAGGGCCCUCGGUCCCUUAAAGCACAAGACGAGGGCAAGCCACCCCCACACACCCCCACAUACCACCCCCUAUCCUGCUCACAUUACACAUUGACUCUGUGUGCCUUGACCCUUUUCUUUACAGGUCUGAGACUUAAUAUGCAAAAAGCCCUCUUGCUCUGGUGACAGUCAACGUAGCCUGUUUUGGGGGGCAGGGGAGGACCCUGAGCAGGCUGUUCCCCCCCACACCCCACCUGCACAGUGGAUGCUGCUCGAGGGGGCAGAUUCCCCCCUCCCUUCCUCCCCUUGGGGGGGGGUAUCCCUGUUGAGACGAAAGCAGCCUGAAUUGCCAUAGGGGUGGGGUGGGGGAGCAAGGGGGUUUCGUCUGGGCUCUGCCCUACACUACAAAUGCUCUUCCCCCUCCCCUCCCCAGGGGGAAACAAUUAUAUAUAUAUAUAAAGCACAUCAUCUAAGCCGUGCAGAGUUCCUCAGGGUAACCGAACACUCCAUGCUGAAGUUUAGGACCUGGAUGCGAGGAGAGGAGUGCAGAGUGUCCGGAGCACCCAGAGGUCCCAAAGAGUGGGGCAGGCAGGGGGCGGAGCAGGGCUUGUCCUUGCCGUGGGCAGGUCAUUCCUCUACCCUGCCCCCCACUGCCAUCCCCCCGCCCCCCACACACACACAUAAAUUUUUGUUAACCUACCGUUGCAUGCACAUUGUUAUAUUCCAGAAGCCAAAGUGUAGCCUCCACCCACCCCUCUUCCCCCCCCCAAUCCCCCCUCUUCCCCCCCACAAUCCCCCCUCUUCCCACACCACACUGCCUUUCCCACCACCCCGUGGGGCUCCCUUGUGCACCUCCACCCCGCUCCCUCACGUACACUUUGUAUCGGUUUGAUUUUAUCUUGAUUAUACCAAAGGAAACCCAAUGGUUAUUAUUAAAGUUGGUAUUUCUUUA